AUGGCAACCGAGAAAGACAUCCACGACGGUGCCUCAACGCCCGAAAAGACCCAGAUCAACACUGACUCUCGCACCGGAGCUGUUACUCCCGUCCAUGGCGGAGCCGAAAGUGCUACUGCCGAUGGCCACCUCAGCCAUGGCGCAGCUGUUCGUGAGGAAAACUUCUACACUCGCAAUGGUCUCAACCUUGAAUCCUUCAAGCGUCGUGACUAUGGCACUGGAAUCGUCGAGCUCGACCGCACCAUGAAGACCCGCCACUUGCACAUGAUUGCUAUCGGUGGCUCUAUCGGUGCCGGCUUCUUCGUCGGUUCUGGAGGUGCCCUUGCUACUGGUGGGCCUGGUUCCAUUCUUCUCGAUUUCUCCAUCAUCGGUGUCAUGAUGUUUAAUGUUGUAUACGCUCUCGGUGAACUUGCCGUCAUGUACCCUGUCUCCGGUGGUUUCUAUAUCUACUCGACUCGCUUUAUUGAUCCUUCUUGGGGCUUUGCCAUGGGCUGGAACUACGUUUUUCAGUGGGCCAUCGUUCUACCUCUCGAACUAACGGUCUGUGGUCUUACAAUCAAUUACUGGGAUGGUGCCAAAGAUGUCAGCCUUGCUGUAUGGAUUUCGGUCUUCUGGAUUGCCAUCAUCGUCAUCAACAUCUUCGGAACUCUGGGUUAUGCCGAAGAGGAGUUCUGGUCCUCGCUCCUGAAGCUCUCAGCCAUCGGUGAGCCAACACUUGAUUUUCAUGAUUGUUGCCCUGAUCCUCGUUUGCGGUGGUGGCCCGCCGGCGGUCGCUACGAUCAAUACUGGGGUGCCCGGUACUGGCACGACCCUGGCGCAUUCAAGAACGGCUUCAAGGGUUUCUGUGCAGUUUUCGUCACAGCUGCUUUCUCUUUCGCUGGCACGGAGCUCGUCGGUUUGGCUGCUGCUGAGUCGAAAAACCCUCUCAAGUCUCUGCCCGGUGCCAUCAAGCAGGUCUUCUGGCGUAUCACCCUGUUCUACAUCCUCGGUCUCUUUUUCGUUGGUCUUCUCGUCAGUUCCAACGACGAGAACAUUAUUGGUUCUGAUAACCCGUACGCUGACGGUACAUCGCCGUUCGUCUUGGCUGCUCGCUAUGCUGGCCUGUACGGCUAUGACCACUUCAUGAACUGCAUCAUUUUGGUCUCUGUCCUGUCACUCGGAGUUUCCUGCGUAUACGGUGGUUCUCGUACUCUGACUGCGCUUGCGCAGCAGGGUUAUGCACCCAAGAUCUUCACCUACGUCGACAAGUCUGGUCGCCCACUCCCUUCCGUUGCGGUUCACCUCGUCUGCGGUGCUAUUGCUUACAUCAACUUGGACGCGGAUGGUGAAACCGUCUUUGAUUGGCUGCUUGCCAUGUCGGCGCUGGCUGCCUUGUUCACGUGGGGAUCUAUCUGCUUGGCCCACAUCCGAUUCCGCAAAGCUUGGGCGUAUCACGGUCACACCGUCGACGAGAUCCCAUUCAAGGCUGCCUUUGGCGUUGCUGGAUCCUGGGUUGGCUUGAUUCUUUGCAUCCUCGUGCUGAUUGCUCAAUUGUUCGUAGCCAUCGCCCCUGCCGGACAAGGAGACGAGCUGAACGAUGCCGCUGGUUUCUUUGAGGCCUUCCUCACUGUACCAGUCAUCAUAGUUUUCUGGAUCAUUGGCUACUUCUGGAAGCGGGAGGGCUGGCUUCGCACCCACCAGAUGGACGUUGACACUGGUCGCCGCGAGCUUGAUUGGGACGAGAUCAACCGCUACAAGGCUGAGGUCGCCACCUGGCCCACCUGGAAGCGCUGGUACAACCGCUUUUUCUAG